AUGAGGAAAGGAGACUCUGUGUGUCGACUGCAAGGUUUAGCACAACCAGCUGAACUAGCUCAAGAUGGUGACCUUGUUAUUGGAGGCAUUUUUUCAUUUCGCACAGGGCAGGAUUAUGUAAUUAACACAUUUCAGACAAUUCCAAAAGUACGGAAAUGCAAGAACUUCAAUUUUAGAGAAUUCAAAUUUGCUCAAGCAGCAAUAUUUGCUAUUAAUGAGAUCAACAGAAAUCCUGAUAUACUCCCUAAUGUUACGCUGGGCUAUAAGAUCUAUGAUAACUGUGGCACUAUGGACAUACUGAGAGCUGCAUUGGCGCUGGGGAGUGGAGUAAAGGCAGUAGUCAAUAAUGACAACUGCACUAAAACUGAGACAGUGCAAGCUAUCUUGGGACACUCAGGAUCCAGACCAACUAUUGCAUUUGCUCAGGUUGUUGGAAGGUUUCAGGUACCUGUGAUCAGUCAUUUUGCCACCUGUGCCUGUCUGAGUAACAGGAAAGAGUAUCCCACUUUUUUCAGAACUAUCCCCAGUGACUACUACCAGAGCAGAGCACUGGCAAAGCUUGUCAAACACUUUGCUUGGACUUGGAUUGGGGCUAUAGCUGUGGAUAACGAUUAUGGCCUCAACGGUAUAGCUGCAUUUAUCCAGGCAGCACAAGAAUAUGGAGUGUGCAUUGAGUAUUCUGAAGCAUUUUCAUCAUCAGAUCCACCUGAUCGGUUGCAGAGAAUAGUAGAGAUCAUUAAACAAGCCACUUCAAAAGUGAUUAUGGCUUUUAUGUCUCACAGAGAAAUUAAGUUGCUGGCAAAAGAGUUGUACAAACAGAACAUUACAGGAUUGCAGUUGGUUGGAAGUGACGCCUGGAUCACAGAUCACUCUCUGACUGACAGUGAAGGAUACAGUAUCCUGGUGGGCUCAUUAGGUUUUACUGUCAGCCGAGCUAAAAUCCCUGGCCUGGGAGAGUACCUGAGGCAGCUCCACCCAUCACAAUUUCCUGACAGUCAAAAGCCAUGCAACGGCUCUGAGAGCUUACAGACGGUUGAGUCACAGUUCACUGAUGUGACUGAGCUGAGAUUCACUAAUAAUGUAUACAAGUCAGUUUACUCAGUGGCCCAUGCUCUUGACAAUCUGAUUAAAUGUGAGGAGGAUAAAGGGAUAUUUUCAAAUGGCAGCUGUGCUGAUAUCAAAAACAUUCAACCAUGGCAGGUCUUACACUAUCUCAACACUGUGAAUUUUACCACUAAGGAAGGAGAAAGGGUUUAUUUUGACAGUAAUGGAGACUCACCAGCAAGAUAUGAACUUGUUAAUUUACAAAUGACAAACAAAGGAACCAUGGAAGGAGCAACAGUUGGCAUUUAUGAUGCUUCUCUUCCAGAGAGUCAUCAGUUUAUCAUGAAUAACAUCUCAAUAUUCUGGGGGAAUGCACAAACAGAGGAGCUGCCUGUGUCAGUCUGCAGUGAAAGCUGUCUCCCAGGAACUCAUAAGGUGCUUCAGAAAGGGAAGCCAGUCUGCUGUUAUGAUUGCCUACCCUGUCCAGCAGGCGAGAUCAGUAAUUUAACAGAUUCAAUACACUGUAUGAAAUGCCCGCCGAUGUAUUGGCCCAACAAGCAGAAAGAUGCCUGCAUCCCCAAAGUAAUAGAAUUCUUGGCCUACAAUGAAAUCCUGGGAACACUGUUAGUUUUAUUUUCUCUGCUGGGAAUUUUUCUAACUAUGAUCACAGUACUAGUCUUCUAUUGCCACAAGGAAACCCCACUAGUACGAGCCUAUAACUCUGAGCUGAGCUUCCUGCUGCUCUUUUCCUUGAGUCUGUGUUUCCUGUGUUCUCUGACCUUCAUUGGUCGGCCCUCUCACUGGUCCUGCAUGCUGCGACACACUGCAUUUGGCAUCACCUUUGUCCUCUGUAUCUCUUGUGUUCUGGGAAAAACAAUAGUAGUCUUAAUGGCCUUCAGGGCCACACUUCCAGGCAGUAAUGUGAUAAAAUGGUUCGGGCCUGCACAGCAGAGACUCAGUGUUUUGGCCUUCACUUUCAUACAGGUUGUAAUUUGCAUACUAUGGCUGACAAUUAACCCUCCUUUUCCCUACAAAAAUAUGAACCACUAUAAAGAGAAGAUUAUACUAGAGUGUGCCCUCGGAUCACCUGUAGGGUUCUGGGCUGUGUUAGGAUACAUUGGACUGCUUGCUGUCUUAUGUUUUUUUCUUGCUUUUCUGGCUCGAAAGUUACCUGAUAAUUUUAAUGAAGCUAAAUUUAUCACCUUCAGCAUGCUGAUAUUCUGUGCAGUUUGGAUCACAUUUAUCCCAGCGUAUGUCAGCUCUCCUGGGAAGUUCACAGUAGCUGUGGAGAUAUUUGCUAUCCUGGCCUCCAGUUAUGGGCUACUUAUCUGCAUUUUUCUACCAAAGUCUUAUAUAAUUUUGUUUAGGCCGGAGCAGAAUACGAAGAAACAUUUAAUGGGAAAGACAUCUAAAAAUGACAUAAAUUAUUAA